AUGGCUGCUCGAAGCACUCCGUUACGAAGAACAACACAAGAUGAUGUUGACGUUCAUUACCAACUCGCGUUAGUAUACGUUGUCUAUCAGCGUUACCUUCAUCCUUUGUCCAAGUACCCAGGUCACUUCCUCGCAAGUGUCACGGACCUAUGGCAGGCCCAUCAGUUCUUCACCCUCCAGCAGCCCUACAACUUGACCAAACUCCACGAGAAGUACGGGCCAGUCGUCCGAUACGGUCCGGACAAGCUGAGUAUCAUCUACGAGAGCGCCAUCCCUAUUAUCUACCAGAGAAGCGCAAAGCCCAUGCCGAAAACCGAGUUCUACGACGCAUACGGAGCCGCUCAUCCGAAUGUGUUCGGCAUGCGCAAUGAAGCAUUACAUUCUACAAGACGGCGCCACAUGUCCCAUAGUUUCGCCGCCAGCUACAUCAAAGAGAUGGAGCAGUACAUGGACCUGAAUAUCGCUAUCCUCAAGGACCGGAUCCGCUCAUACUGCAGCAGCGGCGAGGCCUUCAACCUGAAGAGACUGCUUCACUACUACAUGAUUGAUGUGAUUGGAGAACUCGCCUUUAGCCAGUCGUUCGGGGUGCAGGAGGCCGACGAUGAAUCGCUUGUUCCUCCUGUAAUUGAGCAUAGCCUGCUAGCCGCCGUGACUGGUGCAUGGCCGUCCAUGACAAAGGCUUUGAAAAAGUGGCUCCCGUACAUACCGCACGAUGGUCUUCGAAAACUCUUCACAGGCCGAAAAGCCUGCGCGGAUCUUGCCUCGACAUGUGUUCAGCGCUGGCUGAGGGACUUGAAGGGUGAUGGGCCGUUGGGUCAAGAAGACAGGGAGGACAUUCUGACCAAUCUGAUCAGAGCCAAACAUCCGGAGACCGGGGAGAAGCUUACGAAAAUUGACCUAGAAACAGAGGCAUUUGGCUUUAUAAUCGCAGGAACACACACUACUAGCGCAACCUCAACCCUCCUAUUCCACCAUCUCCUCCACAAUCCCGAUUUUAUGAAGACCUGCAUCGAGGAGAUAGACUCGAACCUCCCUGCUCUCGGCUCACUUGAGCCGGCAUACCCAGUAACAACCGCCGAGUCCUCACUCCCUUUCCUUCGCAACUGCGUGCGUGAGAACUUCCGCCUUACGCCUGUCUUCACAAUGCCACUAGCUCGCUGCGUCAUGGAUCCAGCCGGGGUGACCAUUGAGGGUCAUCAUUUCCCUCAAGGUACCUCCAACGCCGUCUGCAACCACGCCUUCCACCACAACCCCGACGUCUGGGGCCCAGACCACAACAUAUUCGACCCAACUCGGUGGGACGACCCAUCCAUCGCCGCCAAUGCGCGCCUCUCCUAG